CUUAGCCUUGAUUUCUUCAAUUGUCCCUCCGCAUAUCAAGUUUUUAUGAAGAAAAGCCUGUUCGCGAUGACAUUUGGAGGUGAACUGGCAGACAAAGUCAGCCAGGUGAUUUCAGAACUGGUUCCUGUGCGGGCUGACUUGCUUGCAAGAUUCCGUUCCUGUGCAGUACAGUAAAGCUACUCGCUUGGUCAGAGGAUUGCAAUGAAACCUGCUCAGGAACGCAACCAGGAGUGCCUGCCUCCUAAGAAGAGGGACCUCCUAGUUAGUAACAGCAGUGGAGCUGGAGGGACAGGAGGAGUUGGGGCUGCAGGAGGAGGUGGUGGCAACAGUGGAGGUGGCAAUAGUGCUGGUAGUGGUAUUGGAGAAGAUGAAGUGGUUUCCAUCCAGAACUCCGCAGCCAACAGUGACACUCAGGGAGGGACCCCAUCUGGAGAGUGGCUGCGGACUCAGCCAGGGCUUCAUUAUGGAGUGGAUAAUUCUGAUGGCAUACCAGCAGUGCCAGUUGACCAGUACAGUAUGCUCUAUAAAGUGGCUCUUCCAUCUGUUACCUACUCGCCUACCAGUCUUCACCCAGUGUUAGGCCACCUCUCGUCAGGCUACACUGUACACUCUCCUCUCCUGCAGCAUCCAGGCCUUCCCUAUCCUCCUCUUGGUUAUGCCCAGAUCCCUCAUUCCUCUCUCCAGUUUGUUAGUUCUCCUUAUGCAGCUGUACCUUACGCUCUGCCCCCUGGCUUUGUCCCGGGAUCAUUAAUUUCUCCCUCAGGCACCAUUCCUCAGCCCCAUGCUGUGUCCCACCUUGUUCCCUAUCCAUCUGUCAUACAGGAAGGUGUUGUUUCUCCACCUCCCCAGGCCCAGGUAGCUGCUCAUACCUUUGCCAAAGUUGCGGCAUCAAGCGGUGUCCCGCUGAUGCUGCCUUCAGAGCAAGCUGCCCAGCAGCACCUUGGUACUGUAGGAGUCCUGCCCGCAGCAGAGCUCAGCUCUCGAGGGUUGCCAGUCUUCUAUCACCCUCAGGGCGCCAGGGCUGCCACUGCCACCAGAGACCCUCACAGUGCCCAGCAGGAAAAUGAACCAGAGAUGAAUGGAGGCGAUAAAGAGCAGGGAGCCAGGGAGGUUGUGCUCGACUACACUGCCAGAAAUGCAAGUCUGCUGCAGGUAGCAUCCAACUCUGCGGUCCAGGAGUACAGCCAAGACAGAGGCCCGAUGAACCGAAGGCUGGAAGAGAGGAGCUCACCUGGCCAGCGCAGCACUCCAGACAGUGACCUGGAGGUGCAGCAGGUGGUUGGUCGUUUGGCUUCUUCUGGCCAAGGUGGAGUGCGGAAAGAGGUCUCCUUUGCUCCCUUGAACCUCUCUCAGGGUGCCCAGAGAGCCAGAGAUGUCCACGGAGAGAGCACAGGCGUGGUUUCAGGCCGGACUACGUACACAACCCAGACUGCGUGUUACACUGAUCCCAGAGUGGCCAGUCUCCAGCAGCAAACGGGACAACCAGGACAUGCUGUCAUGCUUGCCAACGGGCAACCAGUUCUCAUUCCCUUGGAGUAUCACUUGCAGCAUCAGGCCCAGCAGCCGCAGCAACACUACCCAGGACAGGCUAAUGAUGCCUCAGCCAGCCAUGCCUCUACCACCAUGGCCUCUCCUAACCCAAGCUUUAAAGCCUCUGAUUCUUCAGCCAGAGUGUGCCUCCUUGAAAGGGCGGAGCCGACCACAGCGCAGCAGCAGCUCCCCCAGCAGCCUCUUGUCCAGCCUACAGCAGAUGCGACUCAGGCCUUAGCUUCAAGCCUCGCUCCUGCCUCGGCUCCCUGCAACCCAUCACACUUCAUGAAGGGAGCCAUCAUCCAGCUGGCUACUGGGGAACUGAAGCGUGUCGAGGACCUGCAGACUCAGGACUUUGUGCGCAGCGCCGAGGUGAGUGGGGGUCUUAAGAUUGACUCCAGCAUGGUGGUGGACAUCCGUGCCAGCCAGCAGAGACCGGGUCUUGUGUCGCUUCACUUUACUGUGGGGGAGCAGCAGAGCAAAGUGACCAUCGACGUGCCUCCGGAGCACCCCUUUUUUGUGUUCGGGCAGGGCUGGUCGUCCUGCAGCCCCGAGCGCACAGCCCAGCUCUACGGCUUGGCCUGCCAUCAUCUGCAAGCGGGAGACGUGUGUGUGUCCAUCACCCUGCAGCAGCAGCUUCAGCCGCAGCAGCAGAAACAACCACAGCACCAUCCUUCACAACAGCAACAACAGCAGCAGAACCUGUCCAGGACUUUGAGCAAAACCAACGCCACAUCAGGACCCGGUCACCAGCUCAUGGGGCCUCCUGCCCCUCAGCAGUCACGACCUCCUUCUCAUUUCAGGCUUGACCGCAUCCACAGAGAAAGACAGAGGGAUGGGGAGAAAGAUGCAGCUGACAAGGAGGAAGCCACACAUUUUGGAGUUGUUGGGCACUCUGAGUCGCCCAUCAGACCAAGUAGGACCUUAGCAGAGCAUCCAAGGAGCCAGAGCAGUUACCACUUGCACACAGAGGGCUCUGCUUUCACAGGGGCAGGGAUGGGAGCAAUGCAGGCUGCGCUAGGUGCAUCUCAGAGGCGCUGGUCCUCACCUGGCCUCCAAAGACACAGUAUGAAGGGAGACGAAGGGCCACGCCCUCAUAUAAGCACCUCCAGCCACACGAGGCCCUCUUUCAUCCCCCAGGAGGUCAAACUGUCCAUUGAGGGGCGCUCUAAUGCAGGGAAGUAGCAUCACAUUUGGUAGCAACUAUUAAAAGAGACUGCCACGAGUAAGAAUGAGUCUGACAAGGAGAGAAAGAGGGAAAAAAAAGAGUGCGAAUGUAGCCUCAGAAUGUUUGAGAUUUUGCACACCUGAAAAUAUACAAAAAUACAAGAUAUUUGUCUAUCUGGUGAGAAGUUCCGGUUUGGUUCAGUUGUCACUCAGCCAAAGGAUACGAGCCUGUGGUUUCCCGGCCAGCUGAGGUCUGACAGGGACAUUACAAGCUGAGUAGAAAGUAUGUAGCGGAUGAAAAUGCCUACCAUAGUCCUUGCACACUGCAUUACUCUUCCUCCCUCCCUCCUCUGUCGCCACUCCUGCAUACCCAUGCUUGGAGGUUACCAUCGCAUUUAGAACACUCUUGCUUCCUUUUUGACCAAACCGUCUCUUCGGGAGACCAAGGACUACGAAGAAUGUGUUUGUAGCGCAGUGAAGCUACCAACUCUGCAGGUUUUGAUGUAUUUAAAAGAUCACAGCCAGUGAUCUUUUAUCUCCUUCAUUCCUAAGAUCCUGUUUCCUUCAAAAGCAUUUACCCAAAAAAAGAAAAAAAAAAAAGUUGCUGACACAAGCAGCUCCUGCGGUGAUGUUGGCACUGUUGACGCUAACUGUCAGUGUAUGUUACAUUAUGCUUCUCCGGCAGGGGACUGAAACCUCUGCUGUCAGCUGAGAUACUCUCUCCCCUCUCCUUCCUUUUCAGGAAGCCGGUCUGCAAAGAAUGGGAUCCUCUCUCAGGCCAAGUGUGGCGAGUCCCACUUGUCUUACAAUCGAAAUAGUGAUAAAUCAAUCAGUGUGUCUGUUCAGCAAUCAGUUUCCAUUUAAAAAAAAAAAAA